AUGGCUGGUGUUCCUAGAAAAUAUAAAAGAGUAAUGUCGUCCAGUAGCAAAUCAACAGAUGAAGUUCAAACAUUUAGUGGUUGUUCAUCAAGUGAUGAAAGUGAAGAUAGUGAAGAUGGUGAACGAGAUGAUAUGCCUUGCAGUAAAAAUUUAGAUGAGUUUGAGGAAUAUUUUGAUAUUGGAGACAUGAAGUAUGAGUGUCAGUAUUGUGGGGCUUUGCAUUGGAAGCCACCGACUUUAUUAUGGGAUUUGAUAAUGGGAAAUGAUGUUCGUAGUCGAGAAUUCUUAGCAAAUAUAAGAAGUUAUAAUAGUGCUUUUGCUUUUACUUCAUUUGGUGGAAAAAUUGAAAGUGGUCUAAAUGACGGAGGCGGUCCACCACAAUUUGUUAUUAGUAGGCAAAAUUAUCAUCGUAUUGGUAGCUUGCUUCCAAAUGUGGGAGAGACUCCUAAAUUUGCCCAACUUUAUGUUUAUGAUACUCAGAAUGAGAUCCAAAAUCGAAGUUCACACUUUAGGAAUUCGGAUGGAAGUUGUAAGCUAAACAAAUCCUUAAUUGAAGAUCUUUUGGCAAUGGUUGAUGAGUGUAAUGUCUUGGUGAAAUCAUUUCGAAAGGUACGUGAUUUCAUUUCUAUCAACCCAUUGUUAAGGAUUUCUCUAAGAUUGUUUAGGGCUAGACCCAAAGACCCAAGAGUGUACAAUUUACCUUCUGUGGAUGAGGUAGCUGGUUUAAUUGUUGGUGAUUUUGAUUCUACUGAUUGUGGUCGAGACAUAGUUGUUAGUUCAAUGGAUGGUACUCUUAGAAGAAUUCAUGAGACACACACUUCAUUUUUACCGUUGCAAUAUCCUUUGCUUUUUCCUAAUGGAGAAGAUGGAUAUAAAGAAGAUAUUUUGUUUCGCCAAGAUGGAGAUGGUCGUGUUUUUAAAAAGAGAGUACGAUGGCUUGAAAUUCAAAGGUGUGUUUCUGAAAAAGGCUUGAAUGCCUAUGAUCGCCCUGAUAUCUCGUGUCGGGUUUUUCAUAUUAAAGUGAAGCAGUUAAUGCGUGAUUUGAGGAAAGGUCAAUAUUUUGGGAAAGUCUCAGCUGGAAUGUAUACCAUUGAGUUUCAAAAGAGGGGACUUCCACAUGCCCAUAUACUUAUUUGGUUAGCGCCUGGUUCAAAGCUAACAACACCUGAGAAAAUUGAUUCAGUUAUAUGUGCAGAGUUACCUGAUCCAGUUGCUAGCCCGAAACUAUUUGAAGUUGUUUCUAUGUUCAUGGUCCAUGGUCCAUGUGGUAGUAGUAGGAAAAAUUCUCUGUGCAUGGUAAAUGGUCGGUGUUCCAAAUUUUUUCCUAAGAAAUAUGUGGAUAAGACCUCAUUUGACAUUGAUGGUUAUCCGACAUAUCGAAGGAGGAACACUGGUGUUUUUGUUGAAAGACGUGAUGUUCAAUUAGAUAAUGGGUAUGUUGUUCCUUAUAAUGCAAAAUUGUUGAUGAAGUACCAAGCCCACAUUAACAUUGAAUAUUGUAACAAAUCGAAUUGCAUCAAAUACUUAUUUAAGUAUAUCAACAAAGGAGUUGAUCGGGUUACAGUUUCAAUGAAAAAUGAAUGUAAUGAAGGACAAAAUGUGCCGGAGGUUGAUGAGAUCCAACAAUAUUAUGAUUGUCGUUAUUUGUCUGCUUGUGAAGCUGCUUGGAGAUCAUUUUCAUUUCGUAUUCAUGAUCAUUGGCCUCCCGUUCAGCGAUUACCUUUUCAUAUGCCCAACAAACAAGUUGUAUUAUAUGGUAAUGAAGAACCAAUUGAUAGGGUCGUUCAAAGAGGUCAGAUCUCUGAAACAAUGUUUACUGGGUGGAUGGUUGCUAAUAUGAUAUAUGAACAUGGUAGGCAUUUGACAUAUGCUGAGUAUCCGCAGUUAUUUGUUUGGCAUCCUAAAGAUAAAGAGUGGCGACCACGCAAAAGAGGGUUUACCAUUGGAAGAAUGAAUUUUAUACCUUUGGGGUGUGGGGAGGUAUAUUAUUUGCGUUUAUUGUUAAAUCUACAAUGUGGAUGCACAAGUUAUGCCGAUUUGAGAACUGUUGAUGGUGUUGUUCGAGUGAGCUUUCAGGAAGCAUGUUCUGCCUUGGGAUUAUUAGAGGAUGAUAAAGAAUUUAUUGAUGGAUUAAUUGAUUGUGCUGAAUUGUCAGGUGCUUUGCGUUUGGAUGAUCAGACUUUGAAGACGCUUUGUUUGGUUGAGCUUGAAAAAAUGUUAGUUAAUAAUGGGAAAACACUAAAGGAUUUUCCUGGCAUUCCGUAUCCUAUUUCAGAUGAAGUCCCUCAGUUUGAGAAUGUCAUGUUGUUUAAUGAGUUAAGAUUUGACAUUGAUGAUAUGUCAGCUAAACAUAAUGACCAUUUGAUGAAGUUGAAUAAUGGUCAAAGGAAAGUGUAUGAUGAGGUUAUUGAUGCAGUUAAUAAAUCAGAUGGAGGAUUUUAUUUUGUCUAUGGUUCAGGUGGUACAGGAAAAACUUUUCUUUGGAAAACUCUAAGUUAUAGAUUAAGAUCUGAGCGGAAGAUUGUGUUGAAUGUUGCAUCCAGUGGUAUAGCAUCUCUUUUGUUACCUGGUGGGAGGACUGCACAUUCGUUAUUUAGUAUCCCACUUGUGUUAAAUGAGGAUUCAUGUUGUAAUAUUAGGCUGGGUAGUAACAAGGCAGAGUUGCUUAAACAUACAAGUUUAAUUAUAUGGGAUGAGGCACCUAUGGUUAAUAGGUGGGCAUUUGAGGCUGUUGAUAGAACCUUGCGUGAUAUAAUGGAAGUUGGGGAUGUUUAUGGUGGGGGAAAGCCCUUUGGUGGAAAAGUUGUGGUUUUAGGGGGAGAUUUUAGACAAACUCUUCCUAUUAUCCCGAAAGCAAGUAGGGAAGAAAUUGUAAUGGCUACUAUUAACUCAUCAAGACUAUGGAAAUUUUGCAAAGUCUUAAAACUUACUGAGAAUAUGCUGUAA